GGCAGCCCGAGGGGGGACCGGCGGCGCCCGCAGCAGCCCACUGUUUCCGAGCGGCUCCAGCUUUGGGGCCAAGGGAGCACCCUGCUGCCAGCAGCACGGUCCUCGGUGGGCAGUUGGGAGCCCGGUUCUACGCUCCGACCUCCGUCCGCAUGGAUCGGCGGCCCGGCCCAACGGCCGAGCUGGGGGAAGCUGGCAAGUGAAACUAUUAUUAUCGCCCUGCGAAGCAUGGAGCUCUCGGAAGAUGCCGCGUAGAGACGGAAGGAGCCGCCGCCGCCGCCUGCAGCCGCCCGCCGCUGCGCCCCUACCCUUUCGCUUUCAUUAGGGGAGACAAAUCUGCUGUCAGGCAGCCAGCUUUCCAAUUUACCGAUAAUGAUUCUUGCAUGAAAAUUGAUCGAGGGGCUCUCCACCGCCGUGCGCUCUCGCCUCCCAGCUCGGCUCCAGCCUCCUUCUGCCGGGCGCCGAACCCCCGCGAGUUCUUUCUCCUCCUUCCCCCACCCAUUCUCUCUGAGUCAGUGGUGGGACGCCGGGCCAGGGAGAUAACCAAAAAAAAGGGGGGGGGGCUGGUGGCGAGAGGGGGAGGGGAGCCGGCUCCUCCGCCUGCUUUCUCCUGCCCGAGACUUGUUUGCAGUCGCUGCCUCCUUUAUUUACGAGAAGAAAUCGCCCCCUCGGUACUUCUUGGCUGUUUGGGUAUUAAUUUUCUCCUCUCUCCUCUCCCGCUCGCCCCCUCCUCCUCUCCCCCAUCCCCGCCCCUCCUCACCCAGUAGCUAAGGGGAAACGAAAACAAAGCCGAUUUCUCCUUGGCAACAAGAGAUACCCCCUCCCGCCGCCCCCCCUUCCUUUUUCCUUCUGGUUCUGAACGUGAAACCCUGUUGGAAACAGGUCUGUUGACCCUCGCCCUUGACAUUCAAAUGACUGAAAGGAGGAGAGAUUGCUACUCUCACGUCUUGGGGGCUGCUUUUUUUUUUUUUUUUUCCUUCUUUCUCUCUUUCAAAUGAGUAAUCCCUGAAGAUCUUAACCCCCAAUUUCAUCACCCUCACCUCCCCCCUUUAUUUUUCUCUCGCUCCUCAGCGCUCUCCCGCCUGCUUCCCUCCGCCUUCCCCCCCCCCCCUUUUUUAUUUGCAUCUCAAGUCCAAAAGGCAGCAAAUACACACGCGGCGAAGACACCGGGCAGCUGCGGAGGCCCCCGCCGCCCUUGGCCGUCAAUUACCUCAUUGUGGACCUGCCAGGGCCGAGGUGGCCCAAACUGCCCGGGAGCCGGCCAGAGAGACAGCCUUUUGAUCAUCUUGGGGGAAGGAAGACUCAUUUUUUUUCGUCGCUCUUCGGAUCGCUUUUCUGCCUUUAUUUUAUUGUUUUGGACAUUUUUGCGCGCCGUGGCUUGGCCGGUGCUUCUUGUUUCCUUGCUGGAUUUUCACAUUUUUUUCCUUUUCCGUCCCUCUCUGACCACUAUGGAAUUCUAAUUUAAAUCAUGUUUGGACUGAAGCCGCCUCUGUAUUACUUACCAGGAACUGCCAGCAUGAUUUACAGUGAGCCUAAGAAAGCACCUGAACUCCACCUGGCUGAUCAGGUUGGAAAGGUCCCAUGGAGGUUGGCUGGACUAUGAAUGGAUCCAUCCAGGUGUCACUGAGCAGCUACUUGGAACCAGUGGGUACUUUACAAAAUCAAGGUUCACGGACCUGGGCUCCAGCAGCAAGGUGGAAGAGCGCGAUCCCCCAGGGCCUCCCCCUAGGAACAACGGACGUAAACCGAAGCCUUGUGUUCCGGUAAGAGACUUGGAGGUUGGGCCCUCUGUGUCCUUACUUAAGAGAUGUGGCUGUGAGGCGACUCCCUGCCAGGUGCGCGCCGACCAUUUGCAUUUUACUCCCCUCCCCCCGCUGCCUUUAAUCCAGGUGGGAAAAGGGGCUGGAACCGCCGGGAGGUUUGUUGUUUUGAUUUAAAGGCCGAAGGCCGGUGGUUUAAUUUUCUCCUGACUCCUUCCUAUCUCCACGCCUCCCGCUCGCGAAUUCGGCCAAGGGUGGAGGCACCUCCUUGGCCGCGAGGAGCCCAGGAAAUUGGCCGGUCACUGAGGGGCCCAAGUCGUGGAAGUCCAUGGUGCAAAGACACCGUGUGGAGGGUCAAUUAAAACAUCGCGUGGAGGUCGACUGGAUGGAAGGAGGCGCCGCCGGGGAGCCGGGCGGGUCGUGCAGAGAAGCGGCCCCUCCCGCGGUGCCAGGGCUGCCGGCGCCCGCAGGCAUGAGCCAUGAGCCCAAGUCCCCUUCACUAGGAAUGCUUUCCACCGCGACCAGGACCACGGCCACCGUCAGCCCCCUCACCCCCUCACCGCUCAAUGGCGCCCUGGUGCCCGGCGGCAGCCCUGCCACCAGCAGCGCGCUAUCCGUCCAGGCUGCGCCGUCCUCCAGCUUUGCCGCUGCGCUGCGCAAGCUCGCCAAACAGGCGGAGGAGCCCAGAGGGUCCUCACUGAGCAGCGAGUCAUCCCCUGUGUCCUCUCCAGCCACCAACCACAGCUCCCCUGCCAGCACACCCAAGCGGGUGCCCAUGGGCCCCAUCAUUGUCCCCCCAGGGGGCCACAGCGUCCCCAGCACACCCCCUGUGGUGACCAUCGCCCCCACCAAGACUGUCAACGGCGUCUGGAGAAGUGAGAGUCGGCAGCAGGAUGCUGGCUCAAGGGGUGGCAGCAGCAGCCGGGAGCGCCUCAUUGUGGAGCCCCCACUGCCCCAGGAGAAGGCAGGCGGCCCAGCCAUUCCCUCCCACCUCCUCAGCACCCCCUACCCUUUUGGGAUCUCCCCCAGCUCAGUCGUCCAAGACUCCCGCUUCCCACCACUCAACCUGCAGCGGCCCGUGCACCAUGUGGUGCCGCCCAGCACAGUGACUGAGGACUACCUGAGGAGCUUCAGGCCCUACCACACCGCCGAGGACCUGCGCAUGUCCUCCUUGCCUCCGCUCGGCCUGGACCCUGCCACUGCCGCAGCCUACUACCACCCCAGCUACCUGACCCCACACCCCUUCCCACACCCUGCCUUCAGGAUGGAUGACUCCUACUGCCUGUCAGCCCUGAGGUCCCCCUUCUACCCCCUGCCCGCACCCAGCUCCCUGCCCCCGCUGCACCCCUCAGCGAUGCACCUGCACUUGUCGGGGGUCCGCUACCCGCCCGAGCUCACCCACUCAUCCCUGGCUGCGCUGCACUCCGACCGGCUAUCCAGCCUCAGCGCAGAGAGGCUGCAGAUGGAUGAGGAACUGCGGCGGGAGCGAGAGCGGGAGGCUGACCGGGAGCGGGAAAAGGAGCGUGAGCGUGAGAAGGAGCGAGAACGUGAGAAGGAGCUGGAACGCGAGCGCGAGAAGGAGCGGGAGCUGGAACGCCAGCGGGAGCAGCGGGCCCGAGAGAAGGAGCUGCUGGCUGCCAAGGCAUUAGAGCCCACCUUCCUGCCUGUAGCUGAGCUGCAUGCACUGCGAGGCCUUGCUGCAGACGAGCGGGCCAAGCCCUCGGAGCAGCUGACCCCAACCCGCACAGAGAAGCUCAAGGAGGCCGGCCUGCAGGCGCCCAAGCCCGUGCCACAUCCCUUGCACCCGACGCCUGCCCCACACCCCGGCGUGCCCGGCCUCAUCUCCAGCCACGGCGUCUUCCAGGCACUGCCCGGCAGCAGCGCAGCCGCAGCACUGCUCAUUCAGCGCACCAACGAGGAGGAGAAGUGGCUGGCGCGACAGCGGCGGCUACGGCAGGAGAAGGAGGACCGGCAGUCGCAGGUGUCAGAGUUCCGGCAGCAGGUGCUGGAGCAGCACCUGGACAUGGGCCGCCCCCCGAUGCCAGCGGAGGUAGAGCACCGGCCUGAGAGCACCAGGCCCGGGCCAAACCGUCAUGAGCCAGGCAGCCGAGACCCCUCGCAGCACUUUGGUGGGCCCCCACCCCUCAUCUCGCCCAAGCCUCAGCACCACACAGUGCCCACAGCCCUCUGGAACCCUGUGUCCCUGAUGGACAACACUCUGGAGCCCCGGCGAGCCCCUGAUAGCCACCCUCUGCACAGCCACCCAGGCUCAUUGGAGCCCAGCCGCCAGGCUGCCGUGCCGCUGGUGAAGGUAGAGCGAGUCUACUGCCCGGAGAAGGCUGAGGAGGGGCCCCGGAAGCGAGAGGCUGCCUCCCUGGACAAGUUCCAGCCGCCGCCACGGGAGGCAGGGAGCCUGGAACACCCGGCCUUCCCGCACGGGCCUGGGCCCUUCCUUGCCGAGCUCGAGAAGUCUACCCAGAUCCUCCUGGGCCAGCAGCGGGCCUCCCUCAGCCAGGCUGCCCCCUUUGGGGAGCUGGGCGGGCGGCCCCCAACACAGCGAGGCCCCGACCCAGCCUACAUCUAUGACGAGUUCCUGCAGCAGCGCCGCAGGCUGGUGAGCAAGCUGGACCUGGAGGAGCGCAAGCGGCGCGAGGCCCAGGAGAAAGGGUACUACUACGACCUGGAUGACUCCUACGACGAGAGCGACGAGGAGGAGGUCAGGGCCCACCUCCGCUGCGUCGCCGAGCAGCCGCCCCUGAAGCUGGACACAUCCUCUGAGAAGCUAGAGUUUUUGCAACUUUUUGGCUUGACCACCCAACAGCAGAAGGAGGAGCUGCUGACGCAGAAGCGGCGGAAACGGCGGCGGAUGCUGCGGGAGAGGAGCCCGUCGCCCCCAACAGUCCAGAGCAAGCGGCAGACCCCCUCCCCGCGCCUGGUGCUGUCCACCCGCUACAGCCCCGACGAGAUGAACAGCAGCCCCAACUUUGAGGAGAAGAAGAAGUUCCUGACCAUCUUCAACCUGACACACAUCAGUGCCGAGAGGAGGAAAGACACAGAGAGGCUUGUUGAAAUGCUCCAUGCCAUGAAGCAGAAGACGCUGUCGGCCGCAGUGGCAGGCGCACUGACACACGCUCCGAGGGACAGUCCUGCUGCCUCCCUGAGCGAACCAGCCACGCAGCAGGCCUCCCUGGACACAGACAAGCCUGGCAGCAUUGCUGCAUCCCUGUCUGACGUCCCGAAGGCCGUGGAGCCUGUGAGACUUGAACCACUCCGGUCCCAGGAGCCAGCUCCUGCCUGCGGCGAGAAAACCAGACUGGGCGAGGUGCCUGGGGGCAAGAAGGGCCUGAGCCUGCUGCACUGCAUCCGGGGCCCCGCACCCAAGGACAUACCCGUGCCACUUUCGCACAGCAUUAACGGCAAGAGCAAGCCCUGGGAGCCCUUCCUGGCUGAGGAGUUCGCGCACCAGUUCCAUGAGUCGGUGCUGCAGUCCACCCAGAAGGCCUUGCAGAAACACAAAGGGCACACGGCUGUGCUGUCGGCAGAGCAGAACCACAAGGUGGACACGUCUGUCCACUACAACAUUCCUGAGCUGCAGUCCUCCAGCCGGCUCCCCCGGCCCCAGCACAACGGCCAGCAGGAGCCCCCGCCAGGGAGGAAGGGCCCCAUCGCCCAGGAGAUGGACCAGGACUCAGAGGACGAUGACGACGAGGAAGAUGGAGAAGAGGAGGACGAGGAAGGCCCCAAGCGGAAGUGGCAAGGGAUUGAGGCCAUUUUUGAAGCCUACCAGGAACACAUAGAAGAGCAAAAUCUGGAGCGGCAUGUGCUGCAGACACAGUGCCGGCGGCUGGAGGCCCAGCACUACAGCCUCAGCCUGACGGCGGAGCAGCUCUCCCACAGCAUGGUGGAGUUAAGGAGCCAGAAACAGAAGAUUGUUUCAGAAAGGGAGCGACUCCAGGCAGAACUGGACCACUUACGGAAGUGCCUUGCGUUGCCUGCGAUGCAUUGGCCUAGGGGUUACUUUAAGGGAUAUCCUAGGUGACGGUUUCCCUUGCACUAGGCCGAACCUAUAGUAUAGAAAUAUCUAUUUUAUUACCUUGAAUAUUUAAUAUUUUUCACUGGGAGGUUUGAAGCUUAAUGAGAAUGUGCCAUGCAUGAAGCAAAGGAUUCCAGACUCCAGAGAAAAAAAGAGCUCACCUGACUUCCAUGCAACUGAAUCACCUUUGUAAUUCAGCACGCAGCCAAUGUAGGAAGCCCAUAGGUUUUUUCCUUAAAGGCGUUUUUAUUCUUUUUUCCCCCACAUCAUUUUUAAUCUGAAAAUGAAGGCUCCAUUACCAACACUAAAAGCUUACCACUUACAGCCCCCUGGGUGUAUGUAAUCGGGCCACAGCAAUGGUGUUCCUUGUGUCACUAGGUUACUCUGCCUAAAGAACUAGGUUUGCUCAUGCUGUGAUGAGGGCCUAGAUGGCAUCGCUCCCAGGAGUGAGGCUUCCUCCAGCUGAAAAGAAGGUUGGGUGCGUCGUAAGUAAAGGGCUUAUUUGUUUGAGUUACUUUUCUGCAAAGUUUUCUUGCAAGCAUGAGAUCCUAGGAGCAUACAAAUCAACAGUACUUACAGACUCACCCAGAGGCUGUGCACGGGAAAAGCUCUGCCCUAAAAGGAAAGGGAAGCAACAGACUGAAGGUACCUUUUUGUUACUCCACGGGGGGAAAUGUACAGAGCUUUAUGUCUACAUAUAGCCACACCCACCGAAUUGUUGCUGCCGUGGGUGAUGUUUUCAUACAAACAUAAAUUUUGAAAGAAAAGUCAAAGGUGCUUCGGCCUUGUACUGUGUAUAUAUAUAUUAAAAAAAAGUUUUGUAUGUUUUUAUUACUUUAAUUAUUGUUAUAAAAGGCCUGCCAUUUUUAAUAUGUGGUUUGGGAAAUUUUUGUUUGUUUGUUUUCCUGUUUGGGGGUUUUGUUUUUUGUUUUUCUGGGCAAAAGGGAAAAAAAAAACCUUGCUUUUAGUGUUUGUACUGCUGCUGGUCAGGACAUUGAAGUGUUUUUAAAAUUAAAGAAGAAAAGUAAAAGAGCUUACCACUGGCGCCUAUGCGAUCACUUCAUUUUUAAUUUGAUUUGCACCAGGAAACCAUGUAGAAAGCCAUGCGUACUUCAUACCUCCUUCCCUCACUCCCUCUCUGCCUCCCCUGGCAUUUGGACAGCGAGUUGCUAUGAAGUGAGAAGGGGAUAGCCUGUGGUGGGAACAUGUCAGUCCUCGAGUGCGUGCAUGCGCUAGCGGCACACACAAUGUGAGGCUUUUGUUAACCUUCCGCAGGUGAGCGCUUCCUGAGAUCUGAUUCUAGAUGUCUCACAGCAGUCUGAGAGCAGGUGCAAAGUAGGAACUUUAGAGGCUUCAUUUUAGAUGCAAAGCUUCAUAAGAGCUUAAAGUGGAGUGAACGAUUUCUGAGCUGACCCUCUCCUCCUUUUGAACUUACUGUGACAGGCACAACAUAGAACAGGGGUCACUGUGCCCGGGAGAAGCAGCGGGAAGAAUUCUGUCCUGGCUGUUGCUCAUCCAGGCAGUGUGUCAUCUAACCGAGGGCAAGGCCAGUGGCUGGCUGGGAGGAAGAGGAGGCGGCAUGAGCCUCCCAGAGGCAGGGCCCCCUUGGUCAUGGGUCAGGUGAAGGGCUGUCUGACCUUUGCGGGGGUUACUCCCUGUGCUCCAUGGUGGAGCCCUCAGCCCAGACCUCUGCUGUGCAGAACAGCUUGCUGGCAGAUGGAAUUGUGUUGCUUUAUCUGUUCCCACACAGUUUGCUUUGUAUGUCUGCCAAGAAUCUUCCAGUUAUUAGCAAACUCAGACAAAAAGUGCCGCCAGUAUUAUCAGCAGUCAGCGAGCACCCUCCUUUCUACAGCUCUGACUUGAAGAGCGUUACGGCUGUGCUGGGGCUGCCUCCCCUGCAGAGACAUUGAGAGAUGAAAGUGUCCCACAGGUGGGGACAGGUGUUUAGAGUGAGCGGUACUGCCAACAACCA